UCUUUGCAGGCUGUCACGCUGUCUAGUCACAGAGGAAGGCUGUGCUUCUCUGGUCUCAGCUCUGAGGUCAAACCCCUCACACCUGAGAGAGCUGGACCUGAGCUACAAUCACCCAGGAGACUCAGGAGUCAGACUGCUCUCUGCUGGACUGGAGGAUCCACACUGCAGACUGGAGAAACUCAAUGUGGAACAUGGUGGAGAGUACACAAUGAAACCUGGGCUUAGAAAAUAUGUCUGUGAUCUCACACUGGACCUAAACACAGUAAACAGACUCCUCUCUCUGUCUGAGGGGAACAGAAAGGUGACAUGUAGGACAGAGAAGCAGCCGUAUCCUGAUCACCCAGAGAGAUUUGAGGACUGUGAACAGGUGCUGUGUAGAGAGGGUCUGACUGGGCGCUGUUACUGGGAGGUAGAGUGGAGUGGGAGAAGGGCUGAUAUAGGAGUGACAUAUAAAGGAAUCAGCAGGAGAGGAGGGGUUAAGGACUGUUAUCUUGGAUGGAAUGACAAGUCCUGGAGUCUGAACUGCUCUGACAACAGUUACAUUGCCUGGCACAAUAAUAAUCCCACUACCAUAGACGUCCCCUCCUCCAGCCCCCACAGAGUAGGAGUGUAUCUGGACUGGCCAGCCGGCACUCUGUCCUUCUAUAGAGCCUCCUCUGACAUACUGACCCACCUGAUCACAUUCACCUCCACAUUCACUGAGCCCAUCUAUCCAGGGAUUCAUAUUUGGUAUGAUGGCGACUCAGUGUCUCUGUGUCAAACACAACAUGAUGUUUCACUCUAAUCAGGGUCAUGUUCAGUAUGACACACUGGAGCAACAAUGUAGAAUAUCUCUCUAGUGUGUUAACCUCUCUAUCCAGGGUGUUUGGUAUGAAUAUCUCUCUAGUGUGUUAACCUCUCUAUCCAGGGUGUUUGGUAUGAAUAUCUCUCUAGUGUGUUAACCUCUCUAUCCAGGGUGUUUGGUAUGAAUAUCUCUCUAGUGUGUAAACCUCUCUCUCCAGGGUGUUUGGUAUGAAUAUCUCUCUAGUGUGUUAACCUCUCUAUCCAGGGUGUUUGGUAUGAAUAUCUCUCUAGUGUGUUAACCUCUCUAUCCAGGGUGUUUGGUAUGAAUAUCUCUCUAGUGUGUUAACCUCUCUAUCCAGGGUGUUUGGUAUGAAUAUCUCUCUAGUGUGUAAACCUCUCUAUCCAGGGUGUUUGGUAUAAAAAAAUGUGUAGUAGCAUUACUUUAAGGUUAAUAUAAAUGAUAGGUGUGUACAAUCGUGUUACUCUGGUUGUGUAAAUUGCUGUUUUCACAUAACUCUGUAACUAAUUCACAUCUUGUCUGUUCCGAACAAAGUCUCUCCUCAUCCUCUAUUCUAAGAACCAACUGUUCUUGGUUCUCGUAGGAGAACACAGAGGAUUCUGACUAGUUGGCCACCUCAUCCACUAGAUAUGUGUUGGUUCGACACAUUGAGUCAGUUGUGGUGGAACCAGCCAUGACUAAGCAUUUAUAGGUUUACUAUAUGAGACCUCUGUUGGUUUCUGUAUGUCAGAGCUCUUGGCCCAACACCCAAGAGUGUGGGGUCGACCAGCCUCAUUAUUGCAGGGCUCUCAACGAAUCACUUAUGGGUGCAGUGAUUCAGGGCAGGUGGAGCUGUUAUGAGCCCCAAAUCUUUACCAACAUAAAUCAAAUCCCACCCAAAAAUGGUGGCUUGCUUGUUUUGCAUGUUAUUUUGGCAUUAAUAUGUGACACAUAUCAGUUUGCAAACAAUGUAAAAUUGUAUAAUAUAUAUAUCAUUGAAUUAAUAAAGCUCUAUAGAAACAUG